AUGGGUUCGAUGAAUCGUGUCGACCUUGGUGUUUGCCCUCUGGCUGGUCUCCGACGAGCUUUCCCUUCAACUCAAGAAAGAGCACAAGGAUGCCAUCAUCCCUGGCCGCCAUCCUCGUUGGCGAUCAUCUACGGUCCAAAACAUACUGUCAGCGCGCCUAACCUGAAGGUAGUGAUGCCGCCGCACUUGGCCAAUAAGGAACCCAAACGCACGUUGAUGAACAUUGCCAAGGAAUACGAAACGCUGCAAAAUCAGAACCUUCUGUCCCUGCAGCUGACGUUCCUCCACACCUGCUGGGCUGUACCUUACCAAGCCGUUCCAAACGAUAAUCCCGGUCCGCGUGGGCGUAAACGACGAUGGGAUCCAUGUGAUCAACGACGAGACCAAGGCCUUGGUCUUCAGGUUUUCCCUGCAGCACCUGGUGUGGACACCGCCAGA